AUGGAAGCCCAAAUCACCAAAACCGAAUCUAUAGACGGUCCCGGUCAUGUCAUUUCUCCUCAAACGCAACUAGUUGUUCAGGCGUUUAAAGACCUGGAACAGAAAGCCGAGGCAGCGCAUGGUUUAGAGAUGCUAACAACUUCAAAGCGACUGGUGACCAUCUUUCUUCUUAAACUUCGGGGGCAUAAUUUGGAAUUUUUGCAGUCUCUAGCCGAUUUGACCGACAACAAUUGUCGGUAUGUAGAGACAGUUGGCGAGGCCCUUCUCGAGUCGGUUGUUAAGAGGCGAUGCGGCUCCGAGUACGGCCGAUAUUGUGACUUGCUGUGUCGCACAUUAAAGGAACUCAAAACGAUGGAAAAGUUUCUUGGCUUCACCAGAUAUGGGCCUGAGGACAUCUCACUCAUUUUCUCACGACAUAAGCAACUCAAGAAACUGCUCCAGUCUCUCUGUACCCUUGGAGGCGUUGCUGGGGCCGCCUUGCAGAUUUCAUUCGCCAGGAUCCAGGAAAACCUCGAUGAACUCGUCGAAAUUCGGCGACUGUCCCAAAAGGACCCAUCGGCUCAAUUCUUUACUGCCCUUGGUACGCUUCGAAAAUGCGCUGCUUCGGCGGCUGAUAUACUUGGAAAACAGAAUGGAAUCACAUGCCGAUGCUCAAGGUCGCAUCAGGUCUAUUUCCGCAUUGAAGAUUGUCCAAGCCUCAACCAAAGUGAAGACGACUCUAACCCUUGGUGCUUGGCGUGCUCGCUAUUAGUUCAUACGCCUUCCUCCCUAAUCAAACAGAAGGAGAGAGUUGGUAUGACUUUUACGAACAUAGCUGUCAGCCUUGUUACUGAUCCACAUGCCCUAAAGCAAGGCAAGACGGAAAACUCGAUUCUGCCGACUGUCAUGGAAAAAGUGGAAGAGGGGGGCCGAUCUUCAUGUAUAAAUUCACAAGAGGACGAGUCAAACAAUAGUAGCGCUGACAUGCCAGCUACGGCUAGCGACAGCCUCUGUGCUACUCUAAAUGAAGCCUUGAGGCCUCAAGAGCAACAUGCCGCGGAUAUUGUUAUCUAUCGGCAAGAUUUGGGACUGCAUCUACUAGGCCAACCAGAGAUAGGAUGGGCCAACCCUUUGCCAAUACGCCGAUGGGCUGAGAAUUUCCCUCGGCGCGAGCUUUUGACAGAGCAGAAACUUCAUAUAGCAUAUAAGGUGGCCUUCAGUUUACUUUAUUUGUCCUCCACGCCAUGGAUUCGAGAGUCCUGGACUUGGCAAGAUAUAUAUCUGACAUGGCAUGAGAACUUCGACGAUGUCAUCUACCCAGUAUUCUCUGGUGACAUGUCUACCUCGAAACCGUUAGCUGCUGAUAAUCCUCAGACCCAUGGGCCAGCGACUCACAGAAUCCCAUCCGUGACUAUUCUAGGUCGGUUCUUGGUAGAACUCUGGUGUGGCACAUCAUGGAAGCAGUUAGAAAAGGCUUUCCUUGCAGGGGUUGAGUCGUCGGACACGGCAGACCCUGACACUUUUAUCUUUUCCCAGCUCAUCAACUGGGUGAGGAAUUCCAGAAUUGCCGAUAGAGACAAGCCGUUUUAUCAAGAGGGCACUUCGUACUUUAUGGCAGUAGAAAACUGUUUCCAGUGCGAUUUCAACCCUGGUCCUCUCAACGGGCUGCCACUCCUCGAAAGCAAUGGCUUUGCAUGCUGGAUAUACAAGCAUGUCUUGCGACCGUUAGAGUACGCACUUGAAGAUUUUCGGAGAAGACAGGACCGAUUACUUGGCGCUCGUCUAAAUUUGAACCCCGAAAUAAACAGUCCGGACGAUGGAGAACCUGAUAGGCGUCUAAGACUGUUUGUCAAUGAACGGAUUCCGGCAGACCGUUCGAUGAAGGAGGACCUUGCCGACGACUGGAUAUGUCGAUACAGCAAGGUGAAAGAACUUGCGAGAAAAUUGGGACGGAACCGUCCAGAUGACCCAUCGGACAGGGUCAGAGUCGCAAUUCUGGACACUGGUGUUGACGUGACACACGAUAACCUGUAUGGCCCAUGGACAAAGGGCCAGAUUUUCUACCAAAACUUCGUUGGCAUGCCUUCAAACAUACCUGAAGAUAGCGAUGGUCACGGAACUCAUAUUACGUCUAUUCUACUUCAAAUGGCUGAAAACGUGGACAUAUAUGUUGCCCGGGUGUCUCCAGACGGGCAGCAUUGGAAAAGCAGAGAGGUCGAAGACGCAAUACGUUGGGCCGCUGAUGAAAAGCAAGUCCAUAUCAUUUCCCUCUCUUUUGGUUUUCCCAACGUGGACCAGAGUCUGGAAGGCAUCCGAAAAGCUAUUCUUGACGCCCACGCAGCGGAUGUUUUAGUCUUCGCUGCCACUGGAAACAAGUCCCACAGCGACUAUAUUGCAUUUCCGGCAUGUUUAGACGAAGUCAUUUCGGUCGCAUCAACAGAUGGUGAUGGUGCAUUGAGCAACUUUGUUCCCGAGUUGCGAGUUGGGAAGCGUCUUUGUGCGAUCGGUGAAGCCAUUGAGGCUGCAUGGAUCAACAAGGACAACCCGACGCUUCAUGUCCAUUGCAAAACAGAAAGGCAGUAUGGUACAUCAUAUGCCACUCCUGUAGUCGCUGGCGUAGCAGCCAUGGUCAUGGAUCUUCUCUGGUCAAUCAAGGACAAGCGUAAAUGUGAGUUUCGAACGCUGCGGACAAACUCGGGCAUAUUAGCAGUGCUUCAACAUAUGAUGUGCUAUAACGACAAAGAUCACAUCAACUAUCUUAAGCCCUGGAAGUUUUUCGACUGCACAUCGAAGUCCCUUGAGUCUGAGAGCGGUAUGGACGUGGUGAGCGUCAAUUCCCACUUCUGA